AUGGGUCGAGCAGGUGCCAGUGGGAAUGGUAGCGAGAAUGAGCUCUUCGGAGACGAAUACGAUCUCAAUGGUCUCACCAAGGAAGAUUUCUUAGAAAUAUUUCGUAUGGCCCCGCCAGAAGAACAAGAGCGUUUGAGGAAAGCUGCGCCCCAGCUCAUUGAGCAAUCUGAGCGCAAAGGAAGCAGCUCCGGUCCUCGCACUGUACCUGAAUCUAUCAUCGACCUCGAUGCUGCCAGCGCCUCUCUGUCCAUCGUUCCGGACACUGUCUCCUUUGCUGGCGAUGCUGAAGAGCGAAUCCAGGCCUUCGUCCUCCGGCACCCCUUCGUCGCGAACCCUCUUGCACCUCAUACAAAGACCGAGAGACGGCGAUUCACGGCAAAUGUGUAUGAAUACGCUCGUGCGCUUCAGCUGAGCAGCGAACGAGCAGCAGACAGCGUUCGCUAUGCACGCUCUGUCUUCAUCAAGCGCUACAACGAGAUGGCCAAGAAGACUCAACAGCUCGAGGCACCAGACCAUUGGUAUCGCCAGGGCAGCCCAUUCGGCCUCGAGAUUGAUGACUCUGCGGAUGUUCUCCAGUACAUGGAAGCACUCAUGAGACCCGAGCCCGUCCCUGCCACUUCCCAAGUAAAAUCCACCACCAAAAAGAAGCGCCGUCGCUCGUCCUCGUCUUCGUCUUCGUCAAAAUCAGAUCGUCGUGCGGAAGCUGAUGCGGCUGAAAAUGAAGCGACCGGCUUCAGCAGUCCCGCGAAAGAAAAGUACCGGAACAAGCGACGACAGAAACGCGAGCGCAAACUCGAGAUGGAUAAGCUAGAAGCAGGGACUGGGCCGGGCAAUAAAUCGGAUGAGAAGCGCUCGGAAACUCCUGUUGCUAAAGGGAAAGCUGAUGACAAGCGAAAUGCUAGUCUGAGUGCGACUCCUAGUAAGCCUGAGAAAGGAGAAAACGACAGUCCGAAGAAACGGAGGCAUAGAAAGAAGAGAAAGUCUUCUUCUGCACAGCCGCAGGGCGAUUCAACACCCUUGAAAGAGUCUUCCAACGGAGCCGAGUCUCAAGUCGAAAAGAAGAACGAGAAGAAUAAGGAAAACAUUAGAAAGCAAGCUGCGCAGGAGACGCCUCAGAAAAAGCAGGGUUUUCGCAGUCCGAUGAUUCACCGGCAAGCAUAA